AUGGCGUGGCCGAACAAGAACAGAGAUAUGCUCUAUCGGCGCGUGGGCAAUUCUGGCCUACAUGUCUCUGUGAUUGGGCUGGGAGGUUGGCUGACAUUCGGUGGCCACGUCGAUAAUACUGUCGCAUUUGAAUGCAUGAAACAAGCCUAUGACUGCGGAAUCAACUUCUUCGAUACAGCUGAAAGCUACGCGGGCGGGCAGUCUGAAAUCGUCAUGGGGCAAGCCAUCAAGCAUUAUAGGUGGAAACGAAGCGACCUCGUUAUCAGCACUAAGCUCAACUGGGGUCUCGCUAACGGUGAAAUCCUGAUUAACAACCAUGGUCUCUCACGCAAGCAUAUUAUAGAAGGAACACGGGCCUCCCUGGAACGGCUACAGCUUGACUAUAUUGACAUCAUCUAUGCCCAUCGACCAGACAGACUGACACCAAUGGAAGAGACCGUGAGAGCAUUUAACUUUGUGAUUGAACAAGGGUGGGCGUUCUACUGGGGCACCUCAGAGUGGAGUGCAGACGAAAUCACCGAAGCAUACGGGAUAGCAAAGUCACUCGGUCUCGUUCCACCUAUUGUAGAGCAGCCGCUGUACAAUAUGUUAGAUCGUGAGAGGGUUGAAGGACAGUUUCAGCGACUCUACUCUCGAUGCAGAGUUGGCUUGACGACCUUCUCCCCCUUGAAGAUGGGUCUUCUUAGCGGCAAGUACAAUGAUGCAGCGACAAUGCCUCCAGCAGGAUCCCGCUUUGCUGAGAGCCGUGACCAAUUUGCCAGCAGUGUCCGGGCAGACUGGGAGAAUAAGCAGUGGGCAGGAUAUAUUAAAAAGGUUGCUGGCCUGAAGACGAUGGCGGAUAAGCUCGGAGUCAAACUGUCCCAAUUGGCCCUGGCUUGGUGCCUGAAGAAUGAGAACGUUUCCUCUAUCAUUUCAGGCGCUUCACGGCCCGAACAGGUUGUCGACAACGUGCAGAGUCUAAAAUUGCUGCCGAAAUUGACUCCGGAAAUUAUGGCCGAGAUUGAUGAGUACCUCCAGAAUAAACCCAUCCAGGAUCCUUCUAGGCAGGAUUGA